AUGGUAUCCAACAGCUUCCCAGCUGCCGAACACAACGUCAUGAUUGUUUCAGACAAGGUGAGUGCAAUAAUCCAAGGCGAAACUCCGAUCAGGAGACCUGAUCCGGGCAGUUUUGUUUUGGAUUGCAGCAUACAAAACAAGAGUUUUCCUCGAUCCCUUUUUGACCUGGGAUCCAGCGUAAAUCUAAUGCCGCACUCUGUCGCGAUAUCCCUGGGAUACGACGAGUUCAAACCAACCAAAAUAACUUUGGUUCUUGCUGAUAAGUCCGUUAAAGUACCUGAGGGAGUACUAGAUGAUGUGCCAAUAAGGAUUAAUGACUGUCACGUACCAACGGACUUCGUUAUGUUGAAAUACCAGAAUGAACCAAAAGAUUCCCUCAUUUUAGGUAGACCACUUCUAGCUACCGCUGGUGCGAUCAUCGACGUGAAACGACCCUUAAUCGAUAAACAAACCUCUUACAUGGAUGAAAUCUUUGAGUUGGCUGAAAAAGCCUUCAUAGACGUAUGCUCAGAUGUUCCCAUGGAAAAAGUUCUCACAUUUACCGAAGAGGAGACGUUUAGCAACAGCAGCAGGGCUGAUGAAUACGCGCAAUUAAUGGACGCAAGUGUAGAAUUAGCAAAUGUCGAUGACAUGGAGAAUGACGAUUUGGAAAUCAACGUCGAUCGAUAUUUGAAGGCCGCCUUCGAUCGACCAUCCUCGCUAGAAAACUGGGAUCCCGAGAAAGCACCAAAAAUUGAGUUAAAGCAACUACCUGCCAGACUCAAAUACUCUUUUCUCUAA